AUGUCGGAGAUUAUGGGAGAGAACCUCAACGAAAACGACAUAUCGAUCGCUCAUCGUUUACCGCCAACGAAGAAAGCGAAAGAUCGACUAAUUGUCAAGUUCACUCGAAGAGAGAAAAGAGACCAAAUUUACAGCAAGAGGAAAAACUUAAAAUCGAAGCGGACUAAAGAUCUCCCGUCUGUGGUCUGAUAGCCGGAAUUUGCGGUUAUAAGUCAUAAAGCACAAAUUCAUGUCAAUGAAAGCACAGAAAACGACUACUGGGCAGAAUCUUACAAUUCAAGCCCAACAACAACCACAAGUUUAUUUGGAUGGCUAACGGUAAAAUAAUGCUGAAGAAAACGGAGAGCUCCACUACGAAAUGUUUUGUAACCCAUGGGGAAUUCGAAGAGUUUCUUGACGAGCUCAAUUAAUUAGCUAUUAGCUUCUGUUCUAUAAACUUAUAUUAUUGCGGAGGGAAAAUGGCUGAUUACCAGGAAAACGUAAGUAGUUGUUUACCAUUUUAUGACUUAACUGAUAGAGAAUUUCAUGCUAUGGUUGGAAGCUGGCCGGAUAGGCGUCAUGAUCUUGGCCUUUACGAUCUCCUCCCAAAUCCAAAUAAAUUCGACGAGUGCGACCCAGAUUUAAUGUUAAAUACCCCCUGCUCAGAAUAUUAUUCAGGCCGUAGCUUUAAUAAAAUGCUUGUAAAUUCAGACGCAAAAUCUUUUUCAAUUCUUCACUGUAAUAUUAGAAGUUAAUCUAAAAAUCUAAAUCUAUUAGAAGAACUAUUAUGCUCCCUUGACUCCAAGCAGGAUAAACUUGGAAUUACAGAAACUAAAUUAGGUGAGAACUCUAUUUCUAAUGUAAUUAUCAAAGGCUAUAAUUUUCUUCACACGGACUCGCCAACAAACGCAGGUGAAGCUGCUUUAUAUAUAGCUAAUAAUCUUAGGGCCUGUUUACAUGCAGGUGGGGGACCCCAGGUGGUUGAGGUAACCCGUUAGGUGGGGUAACCCGCCUGUCCACAUAAUCUCUCAUUUUAAUUUGAUCACGUUUACAUGACAGGCGGGGUGACCUGCCAGAUGUUACCUCACCUACCUGGGGUCCCCCACCUCCAUGUAAACGGGCCCUUUAAGCUGUACCUAGGCCUGACAUUAAAUUUGACGUAGCGCUAGUUGAAUCCUGCUGGGCAGAAAUUGAUGCUGGUUAAGGUAAAAGGAAGAUCAUAAUAGGUUGUAUCUACAAACAUCCCACUUGUAAUUUAGAACAGUUUCACAACCAACUAAAUGAUAUAAUCAAAACAAUUAAUCCCAAUAGACACGAAAUUUACAUCUUCGGAGAUAUGAAUAUAUAUUUCCUGAAAUUCAAUGAACAUACUCAAACUGAAGAGUUUUAAGAUAUGCUUUAUGCCAAUAACAUCUUGCCGAUCAUUACUAAACCUACAAGGCUUACUGAUCACACAGCAACACUCAUUGACCAUAUAUAUACAAAUUGUUUACAAAAUUUCACAGCAGGAAUCCUGACAGUUGAUAUAAUAGAUCAUCUUCCGAUUUUCUGCUUAGUCAGAACCCAGCCUACACGGAAUAAUAGUAACAUAAAAUAUUUUCGAGACUACUCUAAAUUUAAUAAAGAUCUAUACUUAGAUGAUAUAAAACUGAUUGAUUGGCACGAAAUCCUCAACCCAGAAAAGAAUCUAAAUGAAAAGGUACAGGAGGCAAUCAAUACCCUGCAUAAAAUUGUAGACAAACAUGUGGCUAUCAAGCUGGCUAGCCAAAGCAAGCAAAGGCAACUUAAUAAGCCACGGCUCACUAAGGGUAUCCUAAAAUCGGUAAAAAGGAAACAGAAAAUGUACCCUACACAUUUCUUAAGCAAGGACUUACAAAAACUCGGGGAAUAUAAACAUUAUGCAGCUAUUCUUUCACAUCUUAAGAAUAAAAGUAAGACAGAAUACUAUAACAUGAAAUUUGCAAAGUACAAAGACAACCUUAAGCAAACUUGGAAACUUAUUGGUACUCUUGUUAAAAGGAAAACCAAAGGUCAAACUUUCCCCACGAGAAUCACUCACAAUAACAGGACUUUUACACAAGAAAAGGACAUUGCCGAAUUAUUCAAUAACUUCUUUGUAAACAUUGGGCCAACUUAAGCAAAGGAAAUCAAAACUAAUCAUACAGACCCUUUGCAAUAUAUAGAAUCUACGCCAUCAAACAGUUUUCACCUUGCUCCAGUAACCCAAACGCAAGUAUUUACAUUAUUUGCUGGGCUAAAAGGAAACAAAGCAUCCCUUAUUGUUCCUAACAAGCUCAUUAAACUUGAAACUCAACAGCUCUCUGCACCCUUUACUGAAAUAUAUAAUGAAUCAAUAUUAUCAGGGGAGUUUCCUGAAAUCUUUAAGAUAUCAAAAGUAACCCCAAUAUUUAAAAGUGGUAGUCUAUCUGAGUUAGGAAAUUACAGGCCAAUAGCAGUUAUUUCUCCCUUUAGUAAAGUACAGGAAAGACUAGUAUAUGACCAACUUGUGUCCUAUCUGGAAAAAGAAUGUCUACUUUUUAACUUCCAAUUUGGCUUUCGAAAGGGAUAUUCCACUGAAUAUGCCAUUCUAGAAACUGUGGAAAAAUUAAAGUCAGCAGUUGAUGAUCAAAAAAUAACAUGUGGUAUCUUUUUAGACUUUUCCAGGGCCUUUGAUACAAUUAACCACCAUAUUCUCUUAGAAAAAUUAUAUAAGUAUGGGAUCCGAGGACUCCCCCAUGCAUAGUUUUCAAGCUAUAUAACUAAUCGUAAGCAAUAUGUCAAUGUUGGUAAUACAGAAUCUAGCCUAAAAACCAUCACAUGUGGUUUACCUCAAGGCUCCACACUAGGUCCACUGCUGUUUCUAUUGUAUAUUAACGAUUUGCCCAGGCCUUUGAAGAAAUUAACUUUUAGGAUUUUCGCAGAUGAUAAAAAUGUGUUUUAUUCUUCAAAAGACCCAGAACAAUUACAAUCAGUUAUCAAUGAAGAACUUGGAAAGGUCUUAAAAUUCUGUGCAGCAAAUAUGCUGCCCAUUAACUUCAAGAACACUAAUUACAUGAUAAUUUAAUACUUCACCUAAGAAGAAAACAAAUAUCAGAAUAACAGCUUGUAAUAUAGAGCAAAAGUCCAAGAUUAAAUAUUUGGGUGUCUUCAUUGAUGAACAUCUAAAAUGGGAUGCUCAGCACCAGCACAUUAACAACGAAAUAACAAAUUUCAUUGGAAUUUUAGACAUUAUGUGCCUAUGAGUACACUCAAACAACUGUACUAUAUUCUCAUAUAUCCGUAUCUAACGUAUGGAUUAAUGAGCUGGGGUACCGCAUACCAAAAUAAGUUAAAUAAAAUCAAAGUAAGUCAAAAUAACUCUAUUGGCUGCAUCUCCUUUGCAAACAAAAGAGAAAGUCCCACACCGUACUUUACACUAUUAGUUCUAAAUCUUAAAGUUAGAGAAUAUCUUUAAAUUAAAGAUUGGCGCUCUUGUGCAUAAUAUUCAAUAUCAAAAAAGGAUACACCUCCUGCCCUCUAUGACUUAG